CCGAGUUUUAUAUAUCCCGCCUUAAACCAAGAGUGAAGGCCAUCAUUCGUAAAUGUAAAGUUUGCACAGUUUUUAAGGGGAGAUCAUGUUCCCAGAUCAUGGCACCACUGCCAGAAGACAGGUGUACAAUUACACCACCAUUUCAUGUAACUGGACUCGAUUUCGCGGGUCCUUUUGAGCUGAAAACUUCCCAUUUGCGAAAGGCACCACUAGUGAAGGGGUACGUAUCGGUGUUUGUGUGCUUCUCUACGAAGGCACUUCACUUGGAGCCAUGUUCGGAUUUGUCAUCCGCAGCAUUUGAGGCUACUUUCGCUAGAUUUGUUGGUAGGCGAGGACUACCCAAGAGGGUAGUAUCUGAUAAUGGACGGAAUUUUGUAGGGGCUAGUAGGAUUCUAUUAAGAGAAUUCUCUAAAUUUAUUAAAGGCACUUCAAGGGACAUAGCGGAUAAAUACAUUACUCACGGCUUUGAAUGGAGCUUCAUUCCUCCUCAUGCACCUCAUAUGGGCGGUCUCUGGGAGGCCGCCGUUAAAAGUUUUAAACAUCAUUUUAAGAGGGUCGCUGGGUCGCACAAAUUUACAUAUGAGCAAUUCGCCACGGUAUUGGCUCGAAUAGAGGGAGUCCUUAACUCCCGACCCAUUUGUGCAAUAUCAGAGGAUCCCUCUGAUCUCACUGCACUAACUCCUGGCCACUUUCUGAGGGGUGCCCCCAUGCUGGCACUGCCGGAACCUCUUUCACAAGACAUGCCAGUCCUGAAUAGAUGGGUCAAACUUAAGGCUUUGCAUCAUCAGUUCUCUGUUCAAUGGAAAGAGGACUAUCUGAAGUCACUACAAAAGCGGUAUAAGUGGAAGGAACCAAGUCCGGGGGUAAAGGUAGGCGACUUAGUGGUAGUAAUAGACGACCUACUUCCACCGAACGAAUGGCGAUUAGGACGUAUCGAGGAAACUCACCCAGGCCACGAUGGCCAAAUUCGUAUAGUGGAUGUUCGCACUGCGACUGGCUUGAUUACACGGCCUAUAGUAAAAUUAUGCCACUUACCUUACCUGAGCGGACAAUCCACUGAUCAGCAAAACUAAAAUCUUAAUCUCAAUUUUGUCAUCUUCGAAUUGAACGUUUUCCAUAUAUGUGGAAAUCAAUUCCAAAUUAACCAAUCUCUGAAUUUAUAUAUUUACAGACCUGUUAGCAACAAACCUGGUUCAAAUGUGUAUCGGUGUGUGUUAUGCAAAGGCUACCAUAGCAUUCGGUUAUGUCGCAGGUUCAUAAAAAUGACGCCACUAGAUAGAAGCCGCACGGUAAGGCAGCACAAGUACUGUAUCAACUGCUUGGCUAAAAGCCAUAUGGUAUCAGACUGCACGUCCAAAAACAAAUGUCGGAAGUGCCGUAACUGUCACCAUACCUUGCUACACCCACAAAACAACGUUGUAUACUCGCAUGCCAAAAAUAGAAAAGUUGUCCAACAACAAAAUUCGGAUAAAAGAGUCCAGUCGUGCACCAACCCAAGACGGCAGAAAAAGAAAGGGAAAGCUAAUCAAGCAACUCCAUCUUCAGACGAUGUGCGAGGUCAAAGGCCAUCAUUCAACAACACUGCAUCACCAUCUAUUAACCAACACAUAUUGUCAGAUGCGAUUCGAUCUUUGGCUUCUGUUCUCUGCGCUGUCCAUAACCCUGACCAUAACAAUGCCAACAUCUAGGCCGGGCGCCAUGUAUAAACUCAAAGUUUAUACUUAUUUUUUUAUAUUCUUAUGAAAUACUAGUUUUAAAAUCAUGAAUUCGUAGUCAAAAAAAAAAACACAUGAAUUGUAACGGUUGGAAAGGCACUGAAUUUAACGUAACAAAAUACAAAUGUCAUGAAAAUGUACUAAAAAAAAGAUACAAAUGCCGAUACUCGAAGGCUUCUUGGCGGGCUUAAAUAGCUAAGCUCGGCCACUUCGUCAGCAGCAGCAAUCGAGUCAGCAAUAAAUUGUCUCCUAGUGAGAACUGUGAGUCUGUGAUCCCACAAAUACAGUCCACAACCAGUUGAUGGAACAACUUGGAUAACAUCCAAACCAUCCACAACUCUCAUCGCAUUGGAACGGCCCCAUACGUGCUGGACGUCUCCCC